AUGUAUUCCUCUCCAAAGGAACAAGAUAUGUCCGAAUCCGAGACUCAUCAAGGGGAAUAUAAGAACAAAUUAUCAAAAAAUAAUUUGAGUUCUCAUUAUUCUUUUGAAAAAAAUAAUACUGAAGAUAUGUCCGUGGGACAUUAUAAGAAUGAGAAUAAGUUGAAUGAUUUUAAACCUAUGAUAGGAAAUAACCUCAUUUCAACUAAUACAUCAGAUAAGGAUAAUAUGGUAAAUGAAGAUGACAAGAAUGAUAUAAAUAAUAAAGAAAAUGAAGAUAAAGAUGACAAGAAUAAUAUUAAUAAUAAAGAAAAUGAAGAUAAAGAUGACAAGAAUGAUAUAAAUAAUAAAGAAAAUGAAGAAAACAAAGAUAAUAUAAAUAAUAAAGAAAAUGAAGAUAAAGAUGACAAGGAUAAUAUAAAUAAUAAAAAAAAUGAAGACGACAAAGAAAAUAUAAAUAAUAAGGAUAUAUUACCAUGCGUAGAAAAUAAUAAUGUAUUAUUAAAAGGGGGAAAUCAAAAUUAUUCAGAUAAUAAUGAAGAAAGGGCUGUGUCCAAUAAUGAUAUUUCUCAACAUGUAAAUUGUUCUGAAAGUAAGAAUGAAUCAGAUCCACUUAAAAAUAAAGUGCAAGUAGUGGAACAUAUGAAUGAUAUAAAUAAGACCUCGAAUGAAAAACAAAUCAUAAUUAAUAACAAAGAUCUUAUUGGAUGUAUUAACUCAUUAGAAGAAAUUAAUUCAAGAUAUCAAUGUAGUUUAGAUGGAGAUAGAGUAUUAAAUAUCGAAACGAGUGCAGGAAUAAAUACUUUAAAUUACAAAAAUAUAUCAGAGGAAGAAAAUCGAUUAAUCAGAAUAAAGGAUAUGCGUUAUCAAAAUAAUAGACGUAAUGAAAAUAUUAUGGGUGAUAUAGUUGUUUUAAAUGAUUCAAAUAAAGAUGCUUUAUAUGUAGAUUUGUCUUUAAAUAAUAGUAGACAUAUUAAUUUUGAAACAUUUGAACAUAGUGGGAAGAUAAUUAGUGAUAUAUAUAAAUUAUUGAAAAAAAAUGUUUUAAAAAAGAUAAUAAGAAAUAAAAAAAAAAAAAAAUUUUAUUCAAGUAAUAACAUAAAAUAUCAUCCUACAUAUCAGAAGAACAUUUCAUCUAAAACUACAUUUACAAGUAAUGCUCUUAUAUUAUCUGGUUUUUCUAAAGAUGAAGAUUAUAUAUCCUUAAAUGGAAAUAAAAUAAAUAAACAAAUAAUAUAUGAUUACAUAAAAAAAAAUGGAAUAUGUCCAAAUAUAGAUAACACAUUAAUGUUAGUUCAGGAUUCCUUAAAAAGAGCUAUAGAAAGACAAAGAUAUUUUUUUAGACUUUCGAAAUUUUAUUUUAAUAAACAUAAAAACAAAGCUUAUAAACGUCUAUUAAAACAAAUAAAUAAAAAAUUAAUAAUAAAAUCUGAUAAGAACUUUAUACUAUCUAAUGACGAAUUUGAAUGUAAUUCAACAAUAUCUGAAAUUGUAGGAUUUAAUAAAAAUGAUUUACAAAAUGAAUUAAAGUCGUAUAAGGUUAGAUCUUAUGAUGAUAUGGAUUUUUAUAUAUUAAAGAAUAAAAAUAACCUUCAAAUACAUAAUCAUAAAUAUGUAAAAUCUGUAUAUUAUAAUAAAUCAUAUUAUUUUUUGUAUUGUCCAAAUAAUGAUGAUGAGAAUGUUUCAAAAAAUCCAUUAUAUUAUUUAGGAGGUUAUCAUAAUAACAAUCAAAAAAAUGUGAAACCACCCCUUCAAAAUAUUAAAACAAACAAUGAAUUAAUUCGUAAUGAUCAAAUCGAAUAUGAUAGAGAAAAUGAAAAACAUGUGUCUAGUUCUUUACACAAGAAUAAACAUAUUACAGUUAGAGAUGUUAGUGUUCAGUGUAAUGAAAUACGUUCUAAAAAAGAAAAACCAAAUAAGGACAUGGAUAUAAAAUGUUAUAGAUAUUAUAGUCCUUAUACAAUACCUAAAUUAAAUAAAGAUGAAUUUAUAAAUUUAGGUGACAUAAAAGAUUUUAGCAUAUCUGAUUACAUGUCAAGGUAUAUGAAAAAUAAUACACAUGAUAAAAAUCAUAUAUGUUGUUUAAAUGAAAUUAUGAAUCAUAGACAUAUUUGUGAUUUACAAAAUUUUAGCCACAAUAAUCAUAUAAGACAUAAUUGCAAUCAUAUAUGUAAUUUAGAACAUCAUAAUGAAAAAAAAUAUGAUGUAGAAGAAAAACCAACAGAUAAUUACAUUCAACAGAGCUCAUCAAAUAUAGAUUUGGAUGAUAACUAUAAAGGUUCUUAUAUAAGAUGCAAAUGUUUAGAAAGAAAUAUGUUCAAUAAUCACCAUCUUUAUUGUACUAAUCAUUUGUGUAACCUACCUUACUACAACCAUCCUUUAGAUGCUUAUAUAAAUCAGAAUAAUGUACAUUGCUUUUAUCAUCAUCACCCACAUUAUAUGCUACAUAAUGUUAAUGAAAUGAACCUUAAGAAAUGUAUAGGCAAUAUAGAUAAUAGAAACAUAUGUCAUAUGUAUUUAAAUGAUGACGUAUCGAAUAUUUACAUGAAUAAAAGAAAUACGGAUGAGUACAAUACAGUGCAAAAUAAUAAAAAUAGGAGUAACAUAUUUUGUAAUAAUAAUGAGGAUAAUAAGGAAGAUGGAUAUAAUAGUAAAAAUUAUUGCAAAAUAGAUGAGAAAAAUGAAGAAGAAAAGAAUAUGGAAAAUCAGAUCCAGAAGAAGGUAACAAAUAAUGCUAAAAAAAAGAAGAAAAUGAAGGUAAAAAAAAAUAAGAUAAAUAAAAAAAAAAAUAAGAGAGAAAAAAAAUUCAUGAAAAAAAUAAAAAAUUUAUUAAAUAAAAAAGCAGUAUUAAAAUAUAUUAAAAAAAUUUCAUUAUCUUCAUCUUCUUCUUCUUCAUCUUUUAUAACACAAAAAAAUAAUUGUAGAAAAAAAUGCUCAAGCACAAAUAAUAAAGAUAAUAAUUGCAAUCAAAAUACAUUUUCUGAUAUAAAAAAUAGCAAUAGUUUAGAUAUAUCAUGUAAUGAAAAUAAUGUUAUACCUUAUAAUAAAGAAUAUAAUACUUAUUAUUCUAAUAGUACUCAUCUCAAUUGUUUAGGCUUGAAAGGUAGUUGCGACAGAAUACCAUAUUCUCCUAUGAUAUUUAAUAAUAACAUUGAUAUGGAAUAUACAUCAAAAAACAAUGAACAUUCUGAUAUUAAAAAUAAUGAGGUAUACUGCAUAAAAUGUAAAGAUGAUCUUCAAAAGAAUAAAAUGAAUAAUAUUCACUUAGAUAAAUUAAAAAUAAACAAGAAUAACAAAUAUAAUCUUAUAGACAAAAUUAAAUCAUAUUUAAAUACUCAAAACAAAAAUAAACCAAAGGAAAUAUUAAGAUCUAAUAUAAAAAAGUACUCAUUAUUUUGGAUACAUAAAUAUUAUAGAAUAUGUAAAAUGUGGCUAAGAGAAAAAAUGAAAAGAAGAAACGAAAGGUUUUUAUGGUAUAAAAAAUGGACAAUGAAAUCGAAAAAUGAACAAGAACAAAUAUAUAAAAAACAUGAAAACAAAAAAAAUAUAAGUAAUAUAUUUAAAAAUUCUAAUACUUUAAAUCCAAAUAUAUUACAAGAAGAUAAGACCAUAGAAGAACAACAAUGUAUUAAUGAUUAUGAAAAUGAUGGUAUACAACACUCUGAAAUAUUUAAUUUAAAAUAUAGACAUGAUUGCAUUAAUAAGGAUAUGACAAGUAGUCAAAGUUUUAUAAUGAAUCAUGAAACAGUAGAUGAAAAUAAUAAUGAUGAAUAUAUAAAUAAUGUAGAAUUAAAUAUACAAACAGAAAACAAUAAUUUUAAUCCUAUAUCUACACAAAAAAUGGAUGAUAAUAAAAUAUAUAAAGAAUCUGAAAUGGACAGAGAUGCAUAUGUACACCAAGAACAGCAUAAUAUUAUGAUCAAUUAUGAUAAUGUUUCAAGAAAUAAUCAAGUAGGAUUAGAACAAAGUUGUAACAUAGAUAUGUUAAAUGAAAAUAAUUUAUAUCAUAUUAAUAAUAAUAAUAAUAAUUAUAUCAUUAAUAAGAUAGAAGAAGAUGUGGAUAAACCAUUAUGUGUAGAAAGUACAAAUAAAAAUUUUAGUUUUUCAAAUAUUGAAAUCAAUGAUUCUUAUAAAAAUGAGGAAUUUCAAAAUGUAUCUUAUGUGGAUAAUGAUAGAAAUUUUGUAUUAAAUGAAAAGGUAAAUUAUAUGAAUAAUAUGGAUAACAUAAGCAAUAUGAAUUAUAUGGAUAAUAUGGAUAAUAUGAAUAAUAUGGAUAACUAUUAUUAUGGUGUAAAUAAUAAUAUGCAAAUAUAUCAAGAUAAUAAUAACCUUUCCAAUGAUUUCCAUCAACACAGAGAAAUAUUAUUGAACAAUAGUAAUAUAAAUGAAAAUAAUAUGAUGCAUCAAUAUUCAUCAGCUAAUUAUGAAAAUAAGAAUAUAGAUAUGCAACCUUUCAAUAAUUAUGCCAUAUCAAAUAAUAAUAUAAAUUAUGAUAUAAUAAAUUCUGUGGAAGAACAUAUAGAAUCUUCAAACUAUAAUUCUUUAAACGCAAAUUUUCCUAACAUUAUAAAUGAAAAUUAUGUUCAUGAGAAUAUAGAGGAUAAUUCAAAUAGAAUAAGAAAUUUUGUUUUGAAUAAUAACAUAAAGGAAGAAGAAGAUAUUUGUUUAUUAAAGUAUGAAAAUAACUAUAAUGCAGAAUCAGAUCAAAAUAUUAACAUAACAAAUAAUGAUAAUAUGAGUUACAACAAUAAUGUGUCUAAUAAUUAUUCUACAAAUUUUUUUAAAAAUAGAGGUUGUGUCUAUGUAGAUGGAAAUGUGAAUAACGAAAACAUUUAUUAUGGACACCAAAAUAUAUAUGUUCAAAAUUUAAUACAUGAAGAUCAAAAUAUUUAUGAGCAAAAAAAUGUGGAUAUGAAAAUUGAAGAAACUAUACCAAAUGUGGUAAAAAAUAAUGAAAAUGAUAGAAUGAUCGAACAUUUGCCUUCAUUAAAUUUAGAAGAUACGAAUAUGGAGGAAUAUAAAUUAAAAUUUGAUAUGAGAAGUAGGUCUAUAUCAAACGAAGAAUUUAAUUUUAUGAAUAUAAAUAAUAAUAAUAAUGAUAUCCCAAUUACAUGUGAUAAGAAGGAAAAUGAACACAAUAUGUAUUACAUUCAUGAUGAUAAAUCAGAAGAAAAAGUAUCCUGUAAUAUUAUUAAAUCAGAAGAAGAAUCAAAUAAAAAUUUGGUAGAUAUGAAUAAGUACAAUUUGUAUUAUAGUUGUAAAGGAAAUGAAAUAUCAAAUGUGAAUACAAAAGGGGUUACUACAAAUGAAGAGGAUAUAAUGCACUCCAAUAAUGAUAAUAUAAAUUAUAUAAAUGAUGAGAACAUGAAUAGUAGUAAUAUAUAUAACAAUGUAUCUAAUGUGAAAGAAAUUGGUACUAACGUAUAUAAUGAUAUACAUCCAAAUGAUGGAGAAAAUUUGCAUAAUCCUUUAGAAGAAGUUCAUUUUGAUCCAAAUGAAAUAAACUUUGACAAUUGUACAAAUAUAGGAAAUGAUAUGUAUGAUAAGGGUAUAGAUUAUUUGAUAAAUUUACAAUAUAAUUUAAAAACAGAAUUGGGUUUGGAAUGUAUGAAGAAUGAUGAAAAUGAUGGUGAAAAUGAUGGUGAAAAUAAUGGUGAAAAUGAUGAUGAAAAUGAUGAUGAUGAAGGUGAUAGUGAAAAUAAUGGUGAAAAUGAUGGUGAAAAUGAUGGUGAAAAUGAUGGUGAAAAUGAUGAUGAAAAUGAUGGUGAAAGUGAUGAUGAAAAUGAUGGUGAAAGUGAUGAUGAAAAUGAUGGUGAAAGUGAGAGUAAAAAUGAUGAUGAAAGUGAGAGUAAAAAUGAUGGUGAAAGUGAGAGUAAAAAUGAUGAUGAAAGUGAGAGUAAAAAUGAUGGUGAAAGUGAGAGUAAAAAUGAUGGUGAAAGUGAGAGUAAAAAUGAUGGUGAAAAUGAUGGUGAAAAUGAUAAAGAUAAUGAUGAUGAAAAUGAUGGUGAAAAUGAUGGUGAAAAUGAUAAAGAUAAUGAUGAUGAAAAUGAUGAUGAAAGCGACGAUGAAAGUGAUGACGAAAGUGAUGACGAAAGUGAUGAUGAAAACGAUGAUGAAAGUGAUGAUGAAAGCGAUGAAGAUUAUGAUGAUGAAAGUGAUGAAGAUAACAAUUCUGGAAAUCAUGUUGAAAAUGAAAGAAAUAAUAAUCCAAAUGUAUAUAUGAAUCAUAAUUAUAUAGGAAAUGCAUAUAAUAAUAUCCUUCCAUAUGAAAAUAAUAAUUUUAUGGCUAAUUAUAAUGGGGGUAAUGAUAAUAUUAAGAAAUAUAAUAAUGAACAAAAUUAUAAUGUUCAUAACUAUAAUAGGAAUGAUAAUUCUCAACAAAAUUAUAAUAUGAACAACUAUAAUAUGGGGGAUAAUAAUAGGAACAACUAUAAUACUGGAAAUUCUAGAAUAAUAUACUAUAGCAUCGUAGAUAAUAAUAUGAACAAUUAUAAUACCGUAAAUGAUAAUAUGGACAACUAUAUUAUGGUAGAUAAUAAUAUGAACCAGUAUAAUAUGGGGGAUAAUAACAUGAACAACUAUGAUAAUGGAAAUUCCAACAUAAUUUACUAUAAUAUGGUAGAUAAUAAUAUGAACAGAAAUAAUAUCGUGAAUGAUAAUAUGUACAACUACAAUACUGUAAAUGAUAAUAUGAACAACUACAAUAACUUAAAUGAUAAUAUGUACAACUACAAUACUGUAAAUGAUAAUAUUAACAACUACAAUAACUUAAAUGAUAAUAUGAACAACUACAAUAACUUAAAUGAUAAUACGAACAACUACCAUACCGUAAAUGAUAAUAUGAACAACUAUAAUAACUUAAAUGAUAAUACGAACAACUACCAUACCGUAAAUGAUAAUAUGAACAACUAUGAUACUGGAAAUUCUAACAUAAUUUACUAUAAUAUUAUAGAUAAUAAUAUGAACAACUAUAAUACCGUGAAUGAUAAUAUGUACAACUAUGAUACUGGAAAUUCUUACAUAAUUUACUAUAAUAUGGUAGAUAAUAAUAUGAACAGAAAUAAUAUCGUGAAUGAUAAUAUGUACAACUACAAUACUGUAAAUGAUAAUAUGAACAACUACAAUAACGUAAAUGAUAAUAUGAACAACCAUAAUACGGUAGUUUAUAAUAUGAGCAACUAUAAUAUAGUAGAUAAUAAUAUGAACAAUUAUAAUACCGUAAAUCAUAAUAUGAACAACUAUAAUAGGGUAGUUUAUAAUAUGAGCAACUAUAAUACCGUAAAUGAUAAUAUGAACAACUACAAUACCUUAAAUGAUAAUAUGAACAACUAUAAUACGGUAGAUAAUAAUAUGAACAACUAUAAUACCGUAAAUGAUAAUAUGAACAACUACAAUACCUUAAAUGAUAAUAUGAACAACUCUAAUAUGGCAGAUAAUAAUAUGUACAACUACAAUACCGUAAAUGAUAAUAUGAACAAUUAUAAUGAUCGUAAUAAUAAUAUGUAUACCUUUAAUGCUGAAAAUUAUGAUAUGAAUUUAUACAACCAAAAUAAUAUUGGUGGCAACGGUUUUAAUAAUAAUGGGAUAUAUAAUAACACGAAUGAACAGGAAAAUAAUAACUUUAUUCCUCAUCACAAUGAAAUGAAUAACAAUAAUCAUAAUUCUUAUGAAUUAAAUGAGCAAUCACCUUAUCAUAAUGAAAAUAAUUAUGAGGUAAAUAAUAUGCAGCAUACAUAUAACAACCAAUACUUACAGAAUAUGGGUUCUUCUACGGCGAAUAGAAAUAACAUGAUGCAAACACCAUACAAUGAAAUUCAUGAUAAUUUAUAUAGAAGAUAUGAUGAUAUUCAUAAUACGAAUGAUUCUCUAGAAUUCUAUGUAAACAGAUACAAUAAUUGUCAAAAUUGUUCUAAUAAUACUACUAAUAAUAACAAUAAUAAUAAUAAUAAUAAUAAUAAUAAUAAUAAUAAUAAUAAUAAUACUAAUAAUAAUACUACUACUAAUAAUAAUAAUACUACUAAUAAUAAUAAUACUACUAAUAAUAAUAAUAAUGAACAAAAUAGUACAAUAAAUAAUACACUACAUAAUACACACAAUCUUAUGAAACAAAUAUUGCGUUUAAUCGUAGGAAUUACAUUAAAUAUAAGAUUGUUGAAAAAUAUUCUAGUAUUUCAUACAGAAACAAGAAGAAUCUAG